AUGGAAGGAGGAGAGAGAGCGGCGGCGGCGGCGGCAGUGGUGCAGUCGCAUCGGGUGGGGAGCGGCGGCGGCAGCGAGUUCUUCAUCUGCUUCACAUCGCGGCCGUCGUCGUCGUCCUCCAUGCGGAUGCCGUCGGGGAAGUCGCUCCCCAGCCCCGGCCGGGGGACGGCUGCGCCGUCGCUGUCGGCGUCUCUGAGCAGGCGGCUGAAGAACAGCGGAAGCUUGAAGGGCGGCCAGUCGCCGGCGACGAUCCCCGGGGCGGGGGGAAACCGGAGGAAGAGCUUCCCCAUUGAGGCCGCCGAGCCGUCGUCUCCCAAGGUCACCUGCAUUGGGCAGGUGAAGGUGAAGACGGCGAGGAUGAAGAAGAAGAAGAAGAGCAAGGCCACGAGGUCUUCUUCCUCGAAGCAGGGGACCUUGUAUCUCAGGCGGGGAGGAGAGGCGGCGGAUGUGGGAGAGAGCAGAGCCUGUCUUCCCAAUAGAAACCAGAAAUGGGUCCACCUCCCAUUGAGCAGCGUCUGCGAGGCGGUGAGAUCCUUCGGGUCCGAAUUCAACUGCUUCCUGCCCUGCGGCGGAGGGAGGAGGUCCGACUGCUCUGCCGCCACCCCCGGCGGCGGGGGUGGCGAGAAGCUGGAGGAAGAUGCGGCGGCGGGGCCGCGGCAUGGCGGAGAGAAGAGCGAGAGGGUCGGCGGUGUGUGGUCCUGCGGAGCGGCGUUCGCCAGGUGGUUGAUGGCGGUGCAGGAGAGCGAGGAGGUGAAGAGGGGGGAGAUGGUGGAGCUGAAGGCCGUUGAGGUGAUGGUGGGGGCAGUAGACAGAGGAGAACUGACGAUGGAUGGAGAGAAGAAGGAGAGAGAGAAUGCCACGGUCGUAACGGUGGCGGCGGCGGAGGAUAAGGAGGAGCUGGGCGAGAGCCUCUGCGUUCCCCCAAGGAAUGCUCUGCUGUUGAUGAGAUGCAGAUCCGAUCCGGUGAAGAUGGCCGCCCUGACGAGCAGAUUCUGGGGUUCUCCGACCAAAGUGCAGGUGGAGGACAUGGAAGAAGCCAGAGGAGAUGAGGAAGAUGAAGAUGGGGAUAAGCCCGUUGUGGAGGAUGAGUAUUCAGAAGGCGCGGUGGCGGUGGAGAAGGAAACGCUCGCUACCGCCAUUGUCGCUGAAACCAUGGUUAAAGAUCACUCAGACGCGCCGCUGGAAGCAGGUAAUGGAGGAGGAGAAGGGCAGCCGCAACGACACUCUGUGGAAGCCCGUCCGGAGCUGAGCAAUCAGUCGAAGGAAGAGGAAGAGGAGGGAGUUUCGAAGGUUGAGGAAGAAGCUCCAAUGGAAAAGGCCGCUUUGCCGGGUAGAAGCCGGGUAUGGGAAGAAGGACCGGCCCAAGAUGCGGCGGGGUCAAAAAUCGGGAGAUCCAGCAACGGCGGCUGUUUAGAGAGAGAAAGUCGUAGGGUUAGCUUCUCCGGGGGCGAGAAGGAGGGGAGGCGGCAUAGCUUCUCGACGGAGAAGGACGUGAGGAGAAUGAGCUCCUUCAGGGAGAAAGAGGGUCGGAGGCGGUGGAGCUUCUCGUCGGAGGUCACGAGGCGGCCGCCGGUCCAGACCACGGCGGAGGCGGAACAUGUAGUGAAGAAGAUGAAGAAGAAGAAGAAGAAGAAGAAAGAGGGAGAAGGAAAGGACUUGGGAACUGGAGCCGGAAGCUUUGACCAGUCGACGGCGUCCGUGGCGGCGGUGGCGGCGGACGAUUGCGAGGGUGGCGGACCAGGUGAGAGAGGAGAGAAAGGGAAUGAACUGCCGGACUGUCUGCUUCUGAUGAUGUACGAGCCAAAGCUCUCCAUGGAGGUUUCCAAGGAGACGUGGGUCUGCAGCUCCGACUUCCUCCGCCACCGCCCUCGUCACCACCAAAAGCAGCCCAAACCCGAGGCGGCGAUGGCGGCGGCGGCGAGCGGCGGCGGUGGUGCAAAUAACCUCACGUCGACCACAACGGAUCCCGUUCCUCAACCUUCCCCGCCACCGCCACCGUCGGCGCCGCCUGCCGUAGACGCCCAUUCCUCCCCGGCGGAGAGAACGAAUACGACGGAAAAAAAGGUGGCGGCGCCGUCGUACGGCCCUUUCGGGCUGACCCGCUGCAAGUCGGAGCCGAUGAGGUCGUCGGCUAAGAUGGAGCCGGACGCCUGCUUCUGGAAGAACCGCCACCGGCCCAUCGGCGCGGCUGGCAUCGGCUUCUGA